GUCCCCGGCAGCCGCCGUAGGGGGUUGGAACGUGAUGCUGGCAGCGGCGUGUCCGCGCGCUCCGGGCCGGGACAAUCGGCAGCAAAGAUCUUAUAGCGGAGCAUAGGAGCUUUGAUCGGCAGCAUCAUGUCCGCGAGGAACAACAACAAGUUGCCCGGGAACCUGCCGCAGCUGCAGAACCUCAUCAAGCGGGACCCGCAAUCCUACACCGAGGAGUUUCUACAGCAGUACAACCACUACCUGUCCAAUGUGCGUAUUUUCAAGCUGCAGCCAGACAAACCUAGUAAAGAACUUUCUGAACUGGUGAUGUUUCUUGCACAGGUUGCACAUUGUUACCCUGAGGAGCUGUCUAACUUUGCCCAGGAAUUGAAAGAGCUUCUUUUCUCUCACCACACAAUUCUGAACUCAGAUUUGCGGAUGACAUUUUGUAAAGCUUUGAUUUUACUCAGAAAUAAGAGCCUCCUGAAUCCGACAAGUUUGCUGGAAUUAUUCUUUGAGCUCUUGAGGUGUCAAGACAAACUCUUGCGUAAGACCCUGUACUUGCAUAUAGUGACUGACAUUAAGAAUAUCAACGCCAAACACAAAAACAACAAAGUGAACACGGUUUUACAAAAUUUUAUGUACACGAUGUUGAGGGACAGCAACCCCAUCGCAGCAAAGAUGUCCCUUGAUGUGAUGAUAGAUCUGUACAAAAGAAACAUCUGGAAUGAUGCUAAGACUGUGAAUGUCAUUACCACAGCCUGCUUCUCAAAAGUGGUCAAGAUUUUGGUUGGAGCCUUGAAGUUCUUUCUGGGUAAAGACAUCGAUGAGAAAAAUGACAGUGAUUUGGAUUCUGAGGAUGAAGGACCCACAGUGCGAGAUCUAACCGUGAAGUUUUCAACCGGAAAGAAAUCAUCAAAAAAUAAAAAGAAACUGGAAAAGGCUUUGAAAGUGCUAAAAAAACAUAAAAAGAAGAGAAAGGCAGAAGUAUUUAAUUUUUCAGCUAUUCACCUCAUUCAUGACCCACAAGGCUUUGCAGAGAAACUUUUCAAAGAGUUGGAAAGUUCUAAGGAAAGAUUUGAAGUAAAGAUGAUGAUGAUGGAUCUAAUCUCAAGGUUGAUUGGAAUUCAUGAGUUAUUCCUCUUUAACUUCUACCCGUUCAUACAACGCUUCCUCCAGCCACAUCAAAGAGAAGUGACCAAGAUUCUUCUCUACGCUGCACAGGCCGCCCAUCUGUUGGUUCCUCCAGAGAUUGUCCAAACAUUAGUGAUGACAAUAGCAAACAACUUUGUCACAGACAGAAAUUCCGGUGAAGUUAUGACUGUCGGGAUUAACACCAUCAAAGAAGUAAGUGCGCGAUGCCCUCUUGCCAUCACAGAAGAUCUUCUCCAGGACCUCUCUCAAUACAAAACCCAUAAAGACAAAAAUGUGAUGAUGUCUGCCAGGUGCUUGAUUCAGCUUUUUAGAACAAUGAACCCACAGAUGCUGCUCAAGAAAGACAGGGGUAAACCUACAGAAGCCUCAAUGGAAGCCCGAAUUCAUGAAUAUGGUGCAUUAGAUUCUAAAGACUACAUCCCAGGAGCAGAAGUGCUGGAAGAAGAGAGAGAAGAGAAAGAUGAUGGAUGGGAAAGUGCAAGCAUUGAUGAGGAUGAUGAUGAUGAAGGCUGGAUUGAUGUUCAUCAUUCUUCAGAUGAAGAGCAGCAGAAAGAGGUGAUGGAGAAGAUGAAGAGCAUGCCCACAGAAGAGCGCAAAGCCAAAGCAGCCAUUGUCAGUGCCAGCCGCCUUCUAACACAGGAGGACUUCAAGAAGAUACGACUGGCACAGAUAGCCAAAGAGAUUGACCCUGCCCCGAGCAAAAAUCAGAAGAGGAAAAUCGAGGAGAGCAGUGACGAUGAAAGCAAAGGAGAGCUGCUUUCACUGCGAAAUAUAGAACGGCUGCAUAAAAAACCCAAAUCAGAUAAAGAAACCCGACUUGCAACAGCCAUGGCUGGAAAAACUGAAAGAAGUGAGUUUGUGAGAAAAAGAACCAAGUUGAAUCCAUUUGCAAGCACAACUAACCAGGACAAGAAAAAGAAUAAGAAUUUUAUGAUGAUAAGAUACAGCCGAAAUGUGCGAUCAAAGGGCAAACGAUCCUUUAGGGAAAAGCAGAUUGCUUUACGGGACGCUCUCUUGAAGAGAAAGAAGCAGUUGAAAUGAGUGGAGGAAUUUGUCAACAGUUAUGAAAUGUUAUUUUUCCAUAUCUAGAUGAGGACAUAAUAUUGUAAAUCCAACAGCAACAACGCAUUGCAGCCACACAUUUCACUGUACCGUGUCCCUCGCAGUAGGGAGGGUUUGAGUUCCAAGACGAUUUCUCAUAACCAGAAGCAGUAACAUCUGUGCAUGCUUCAAGAAAUGGAAGCAAAAAAAGUCUGUUCAUUAUUUUUUCUCAUGGGUUUUGUGAGAAUAUAAUUUUUUCAAUUUCUUGAAUUAUAGGGUAAUAUAUUGUGAAUUCUGUAAAAGCAAAUAUCCCUUACCCAAAAUGCCACAAUGUGGGUGGCGGGUGUAUUCUUGUUCUUAAUAUUUUAUAUACAGUAAAUGAUCUAUAAAGUUUUCAAAGUAUGCCAAA